CCCAGCACGACUUCAGAGCUCGGUCCAAAACCGUAUAGUUUACUACAGUACCGGAAGUACCCCCAGGUGGCAUAGCUGUAAUUUUGGCUCAGUAUUUAGGACGGUAAUUUGCGGGUUUCGGACGGAACCUAGCCCAGGAGUGGCUGUGUGAGGAACCAGUUCUGGGUGUGAACUUUACGCUUACAAGAGAACUUCCCUUUCCAACCUUACAGACGCGCCUGUGAAAAACAUUUCGGCUUCCGUAGCUGAAGUAGCUCAUAGUGUAGACUUUUUUUUUCCAGGCUUAAUUUUAAUUACUUAAUAUUUUUUUAUUGAUUUUCAUUCCGUGUUUUUCUUUUUUCAGGCGACACUAGGUUCCGACUCGAGGCGACGGGGGGAGAAGCGCGUUAAAGAGGAAAUGUCACGGAGUUUUAAUUAACUGUCAGGACGAAUAGAACGCCUGUUAGCUUCUCUGUUAGCGCCUAGCCAGGCUACUAUGUCUUUACUCAGUGCUAAUCGUGCAGGUCUGCUAAGGUUAAUGUUAACGUUAACGUUAAUGUUAAUGAGCACGUUGUAUGUCAUUUAAAGUCCCGAGUGAACGAUAAGAAGUAAGGAGGCAUGUCCGUGUCGCUGUUUUAAACAUUAGCUCGUUGGAUUUAUUAACAUUUGGAAGCAUAACGCUAGCCGAUAGCCUCGAAGUAGGAAAUACGGUAUAACAGUGUCCACGUAUUUUGGACCUCAGAUAACUGUUUCUUAACGGCGGUCUGUUUGUUUAUCCUCAAGAAUAUUUAGGGAAGAAAGGAUUUCAUGCACAAGCUAGCACUCCGAUCAAUUUUGUUUGUAUCCUAGAUUAAUAUAUAUAUAUACAUAUAAAUCCCACAGCGGACAUGUCAGACGGGUUUGUGAGUUGAGGGGAUUGAUCGGAAAACAAAAACAAGCAUGUCCUCCAUUCAUGCCCGGCUCUGAUGAUGAUGAUCAUGAUCACGGUGAUGUUUGGUGAUCUCACGCACUUUUGUAAAUAAAGUCUGCUUCAUAUAGAUGGUUGUACGCCGGAAGAGAACUGUGUCCAAAUUCCGUGCAUUUGCGAGAAUACACUGAAUUUCAGCAGCAACAUGUCCGGAGAGAGCGGCAGCAGCAGCGGCGGAAGCAGCGGCGAGGACUCGGACCGGGAGACAAGAAAGAAAUCGUGUACCGUUAAACAUGAGAUCACUAACGCGAAUCUCACAGGACACACUGAGAAAGUUGGCAUGGAGAACUUUGAACUGCUCAAAGUGCUCGGCACUGGAGCCUACGGAAAAGUGUUCCUGGUUCGGAAGAUCAGCGGCCACGACGAAGGCAAACUUUACGCCAUGAAGGUUCUGAAGAAGGCGGCGAUCGUACAGAAGGCGAAGACGGCUGAACACACCCGGACAGAGAGGCAGGUUCUCGAACACAUUCGCCAGUCGCCUUUCUUGGUCACGCUGCACUACGCUUUUCAGACCCAGACCAAACUCCACCUUAUUUUGGAUUAUGUGAGCGGAGGAGAGAUGUUCACUCACCUGUACCAGCGCGACCACUUCUCUGAAGAUGAGGUGCGAAUCUACGUGGGAGAAAUUGUACUGGCGCUGGAGCACUUGCACAAGCUUGGCAUCGUGUAUCGGGACAUUAAACUGGAGAACAUUCUGCUGGACAGUGAUGGUCAUGUAGUGCUCACGGAUUUUGGCCUGAGUAAAGAGUUUUUGGAGGAGGAGAAAGAGAGGACCUACUCAUUUUGUGGUACCAUUGAAUACAUGGCCCCAGAAAUCAUCAGAGGAAAGGCAGGCCAUGGCAAGUCAGUGGAUUGGUGGAGUUUAGGGAUUCUCAUGUUCGAGUUGUUGACUGGUGCAUCUCCUUUCACCCUGGAGGGCGAGAGAAACUCCCAAAGUGAGGUGUCCAAGCGCAUCUUACGCUGUGAGCCCCCUUUCCCUUCUAUAAUCGGGCCGGUGGCUCAGGACCUGAUCAGGAAACUCUUGGUAAAAGACCCGCAUAAGAGACUGGGUUCUGGGCCCAGGGGAGCCGAGGACAUUAAGGGUCAUCCUUUCUUCAAGGGAUUGAAUUGGGCAGAUUUGGCAGCGAAAAAGGUUGCAAGUCCGUUCAAGCCAGAGCUGCGUAAUGAGCUGGAUGUGGGGAAUUUUGCUGAGGAGUUCACAGGCAUGGAUCCGGUCUAUUCCCCUGCUAGCACACCUCCCAGCACUGACCGUCUCUUCCAGGGCUACUCGUUCGUAGCUCCAUCCAUCUUGUUCAACAAAAAUGCGGUGAUGGGAGAUUUCCUGGACGCUCCGGUGAGCGUGGACCGACCUGGCUCUGCUACGGUUCAGCGUAGCGCCAUGUUAAAGGAGUCCCAGUUUUUCUUGCAUUACGAGCUGUGUCUUCAGGGGUCUCCGCUGGGCGAGGGCAGUUUCUCCGUCUGCAGGAAGUGCAGGCACAAGCAGAGUGGCCAGGAGUAUGCUGUUAAAAUCGUCAGCCGUAGGAUGGAGUCGAUGACUCAGAGGGAGAUCGCAGCACUUAGACAGUGUGAAUCUCAUCCGAACAUAGUUACCCUCCAUGAGGUCUACACCGAUCAGUAUCACACAUAUAUGGUAAUGGAGCUGCUGCGUGGGGGUGAGCUCCUGGAGCGGCUGAAGAGAAAGAAGCUGUUUGCUGAAGGGGAGGCCAGUCAGCUGAUGAAGAGCCUGGUGUCCGCUGUCAGCUUCAUGCAUGAGGCUGGGGUCGUACACCGAGAUCUCAAGCCAGAGAACAUACUUUUCGCUGAUGAAGCUGAGGACUCGUUGCUAAAAGUGAUCGAUUUUGGGUUUGCACGCCUGUUCCCAACGGGCAGCGCUCCGUUGCAGACGCCAUGCUUCACACUGCAGUACGCUGCGCCUGAACUUUUUCACAACUCUGGAUAUGACAAGGCGUGUGACCUCUGGAGCCUGGGAGUUAUCCUGUACACCAUGCUCUCCGGACAAGUCCCGUUCCAGAGCGGGAAGAAAGGAAUGACCUCAUCGCAUGCUGCCGACAUCAUGCACAAGAUUAAAGAAGGCGACUUCUCAUUGGAUGGCGAUGCUUGGAAAGGCGUGUCCGAGGAGGCCAAAGAUCUAGUCAGAGGUCUGUUAACAGUGGAACCUGAACUGCGACUCAAACUUUCAGAUCUGAAGGAGAACGCUUGGCUCCAAGGCGGAGGUGUUUCGUCUACUCCUCUCUGCACCCCUGACGUCCUGGAAUCCAGUGGCCCCACCGUCCGCACCUACGUCAACGCCACAUACAAGGCAUUUAACAGAGGCAAGCGAGAAGGUUUCUUCCUGAAGAGCGUAGACAACGCACCGCUGGCCAAACGCCGCAAGCUGAAGAUGACCAGCACAGGCGUGGAGACUCGCCGCAGCUCUUCGUCCUCAUCUUCCUCAUCUUCCUCCUCGGCUUCUCACGCCAAGACCCAGAUCCCGGACGACGACCCGAAACUGUGACCGCGAUCCGACACCUCAGCUCUGACGCCGUUUUGUGGCUAUCCUGAUGACUAAAUUUGGAAAGAGAGGUCAAUGAAGAGAAGCAUUAAUCGAACGAAUUCGAAUUAGAAAGACUGAACCGAGAGAGGCAGAUGUGAAAGCUUACACCCGAGACCCGAUCACCGGAGAGUCAUUUUUACCUGAACGCGACGGCUUGCGUGUGCGAAUCUACACGGGGGCCACGAUCAAGCGGCGGAUCACUGAAGCCAUUUAAAGGCUAAGCAGCUCACGGAGAGUCCUUAUUUUUUAGCGACGUGCCGCGUUUUAAUACGACGUGAGCUCUCUGAUUUGAUUGAAUGUACACAAACGUUACCUUGUGCAAUGAAGCGCGAGGUGUUUUUAGCGAGUUUUAGCAAGAAAUCUUAUUUUUCAAAAGGGAAAUGGAGAUCUAACAAGGCCAGGACAGAAAAGCCAUAUGGGAUAGAAGGGAAUGAUUUUAGAUUUAUUAUUAUUAUUAUUAUUAUUAUUAUUAUAUUAAAAAAAAAACCUAUUUGUCACUGUACAGAUCCACAUCUACAGAGAACAGCUUUAUAACGAAUCAUAUACUGUAUACGUUAGGAUGAAUAGUGAAUGUCACUGUACAAGGACGUGCUCAACGGCAAUAUAUGCAUGACGUUAUUUAUUUUUCCGAAAGAGCCGAAUCACACGAUCUUUUUUUUUUUUUUUUAAAAAAAGUCUGAACCUCAGAACUGCUAGACGCUGGAUCGGUGCUACAUCACAUAAGCAGAGGGAGGAGGGUUCGAAGAUUAAGGUGUGGCUGUGCUGUUAAAGGUGCAACAGGUAGGAAGACUUGAACAAUCCUUUUUUUUUUUAGGCUUUUAAAUAGACAGUGACCCUUUUGACCCCCCCCCCCCCCCCCGUGCUUGGUUCGUGUAACGUCUGUAGUAUUUGUUACACCUUUGUAGCAUUUUUUUCCCCCGCAGUCUCUUUAAUGAAAAGGGAGCAGUUUUGUUUUAAACUCUCGCACCUCUGCGCUUCGUCGUCUCAGUUCUGCACAUCUCGUAGUAGUGAUUCGUGUGUAAGUGUGUGCGUACUUGCAUGAAAGAAAAGAUUAUUCCCAUUCCCUUUAACACGUUGUACUUGAACAAAAACAAAAAAAAAAUUCUUCUUUGCAAAACUCCAGCUCCUCGGAAUUUUUUUUUUUUUUUUUUUAAAGGGCUUCGGCACACUCGCGUCUGAAGUGUGCGUUCUCUAACACUGUGUGAGACGGAGAGCGUCGAGAAGCUUUCACUCUUCUUCAUCAAAACACAUCCACCACCCCGCUUCCUUGCUUUUUCUGGAAAUGGACGCUUUCUCUGGAGUCUUUAACAGCGGCUGAAGAGACUCGCAAUACAGACACGGAGUAAGGAAAGGCCGUGAAGUCACCGAGAACGCUCAUUAACCGUUCAUGAGGUUGUGUGUGGCGUCGUCCCGAAACGUGGCAUCCUAUUCGUUUUCGAUGCCAAAAAUAACCCUGCAGCAAGGACACACGUGUCGUCGUAACGCGAUGACAACUUUUUGUCAAACGCACUUGGCUUCAAAGGGCCCAAAGUCGGCGUACAAAGCACUAGCGCUCUGCCGCCAUUCAUUUUCGCCUCCGUGUUUCAGACCCACGGAAAAAAAAUAGCGUGAAGAAAACACGGCUGGAGUUUUCCUUCGCUCUUCUUUGAUUUUUCAGUGUUUUAAAUGUGACGAUGCCAAACGAGUUCGAGUCCGCCCGUAUUUAAGGACACUUCCUGACUGAUGAAUACACUUUAGCAUUUUUUUAAUUUUUAUUUUCAUUCAGAUUCCUAUCUUUCUGCAUCGACGAUGUCGCACAAGUUCGAGGUCGAAACCGAUGCCGUGUUUCCAGCUUUAAAACGAAAUAGCGGCUCUCCGAUAUUUAUUACGUUUUAUUCUGCUUUGUUAUUUUUGAAUAAUGGCUACACGCUUCCUGCUCGCUUUCCUUGGGAUCUGUGCGUCUAUUUUUAGUGAUGUACUUUUUUUUUUUUUUUUUGUGUAAGGAACAUCCUGUUCUUUGCUCCUAAGAGUCCUGCACAAUGCACUAAAAACAAAAAAAAAACAAAAA